UUCGUCAUUUGUGUACAGAGCUAUAGCCAGUAUUGAAAAUAGUAAAUGUUAAGCCUCCAGGUUUCCAUUUAAAUUAUAUCAUUUAACUCUCCUUUUUUUCCUUUUUUUUUUUUAAGAACUUGGGUUGUCAAGAGUUCGUGAUGAAGAGCCUUUUUUUGUCUCUCUUACUUGUCCCUGUUCUGUUCAUGAACAGCUUCUCAGAAGUGCAGGGAAGGAGAUGGAAAGGUGAAGGUACAACGCAAAACCUGGAAAGUAUUGUCAUUGGGAGAUGCUAUGACUAUAUUAGAAUUGUGAAUCCUGCUGUUGGUGAGAAGAAUUGUUCAGACAUAUGGGGAGCAUUUAAAAAUGCAUUUAUUAACAAGGAUCCUUGCAGCAUUCUACCUAAAGACUAUGAAUUAUUUAUCAACCUAUCAUUGCACACAAUUCCACCUAACAAGUCUCUCUUCUGGGAAAAUAAUCAGCUGCUAGUCAAUAGCUUUGCUGGCAGAGGCCGUCGCUACAUGUCUCUGGGUGAUACUCUGUUUGGCUUCUUUGGAGAUUUUCUAAACUGGUGUGGGCAGGCAAACAGCACUGGACUGGACUAUGAAUCCUGCCCUACCACAGAGGAAUGUGAAAACAAUGCGGUGGAAUCUUUCUGGAGGAUGGCCUCAAUCACUUAUGCACGGCACAGUUCUGGGGUGAUACAUGUCUUGUUGAAUGGUUCUGCGGUUGGAGGAGCUUAUCCAGACCCAGGUUUUUUUGCAGAUUAUGAAAUACCUAAUCUCCAGAAAGACAAAAUCUCACAAAUUGUCAUCUGGGUCGUGGAUGAUAUUGAAGGACCAGAUAUAGAUUCCUGUGGAACUCAUACUGUAAAGAUACUAGAAAACAGGCUGAAAACCCUUGGUUAUGAUGUCACCUGCACUGACAAUUACAAGUCUGUAAUGUUCUUACUCUGCCUGGAUUAUCCUGAUGAUUCUAAGUGUACCCUUUCAUCAUCUGCACCAGCAGCACAAAGAGGACCUAUAUCUUCAGACAGAGGAGGCAACUGGAACAAGCUCAUGUUUGUUUCUUUUGUAGGCUUUUUGUUCAGAUUUGCUUUAGCGUACUAAGUUAAUCAACUGAAUCCAUAUCCUUUGUUUGCCUUAACUGGCUAAAAAUUUGGCUUUAAAUAAUUUCUAACUGCAAUUUCACCCUAGUUCUGGGAUUGGCAAACCUGCGUGUUAAAACCCUGCGUACUUCUAUCUAGAUACCAACUACUUUUAGUAAAAAAAAUAUUCUACUGCUGCUAGAAAGCCUCAUCCUUCAUUUCCUUUUGUUGAAUAGAAGAAAUCCAUUGCUAUUUCCUCUUAUCUUUAUUCUGCAGAAUUAAACUGAGAAUAUUACUUGUUCACGUAUUUCAGAAAGAAAAGUGAAACUAUGCCUGUCAUACAUCUCCCACACAGCUUACUUGUUCAUAAAAACAAUCCUAGCAUUUGGCCUUGGAAACUUAAGUGUCUGAUUAUCGUGUUUUGGGAGGGGGAAAUACUAAUUCAGAUGGGAGAGAGCUUAGGUUGCUCACUUGGUACAAGAGACAAUAGUUGAGACAGUGGAAAAAAUAAACUCAUUUUCAUA